UUAGUUAAGUGAGGAGGGAUCAGUAAAUACACGCCUGAACAAUAACAAAACCCGGAUUAAUUACACAACAUGGGCUUGCUUAUACUCUAGGAACGUUCUAGAAAACGGUCAGUGCGAUUCCAGUCUAGAAACUCGGGUUGUUUUUUGGUUCUAGGAACCUUUUUUAGUUCCUUUGUGGUUCCUGGUGCGGACUAGGUGCCGCGCUUCCUUCACGUGAUGUCGGAUUUAGUGUACAUGAGGGUUCACGAGUUAAAGUUUAUUGAGCUUUAAUUUGCAGCACUCAGCAGAAAAAGGUUAAUAAAAGAUGGAGAAGUGGACGGAUCAGGAGGUGCAGGCGUUACUCGGCAUCUAUUCAGAUGAAGAAAUCCAGAGAGAAUUGGAGUCGUCCAGUCGUAACGCUAAAGUUUAUCAGAAGAUCUCACUACGCUUGGCAGAGCUGGGGAUCCAGCACAGCGCCCAACGCUGCCGAGAGAAGAUCAAAAAGAUGAAACAGGACUAUAAAAGAAUUAAAGAUUCUCCCGGAUCCACCAGGAGAACCAGCAAGUGGUUCGAGUGUCUGGAUGCCAUCCUGGGAGCCAAAUGUGCGUAUUCAGCUGGGAGAGAAAUGAAAGAGGUGAUGCUGGAUGAGAUGAAUGGAGUGAAGGCUGAUCUGGAUGAAGAGACGUCAUACACAGAGGGUGAGCAGUACUCAGAAAUCACACACCCGACUGAGCCCAGUUAUGAUUCUCCUGCCACGUCCAGCAGCCCCAUCGCUCACCUUCCACACCCCACGUUUCUCAGAGCAGGUAAGAGGAAGCGGGAUGCAGAUUUUUUGGAGCUGAUGAGGGAGAUGGAGGAGAACAACCUGGAGAUGUUGAGGCGAGAGUACGAGCAGAGAGAACGUUACCUACAGCUGCUGCUGGAACACGACGCCCAGGAGGCCGCCGUUCGAGAGAGGGAGUUCGCUCUCAGGCAGGAGGAGGCGGCCGAGACACGACGUCAACAAGAAGCUUUUCAGCAGGGGUUCCUUUCCAUUCUCGACCGGCUGGUGCAGGUCCUGGAUGGAAGGAACUCCAAGACACCCCCAAAGUCCCCGCCGCUGGACUAGAGAACUGUGUGGACACCUGAUCCACGAUGAGCUUUUCGGACACCCCGUUUUAAACCAUGGACAUUAAUGUAGUUGUAUAGUUGUUUGCAGCUAUAACAGGGUAUACUCUCAGUGAUUUUGGACUGUGUCUGUAAACAUUUGUGCCCGUUUAGUAAACAGAGCAUUUUUGUAUUUUUUAAAGCAUCAGUUCAGCCAAAAAUUAAACAAGGAUGAAAUGGGAUGUUCCCUCCCGACUCCGAAUUUGAUGUACUGUGUCUUUGAGUUCUGUUUGAUGUGUACAGUGAGUACUGUAUGUUUGUACUGUGGAUGCUUUGUCCUUAUUCUGGAUUAAUGAAGAAUAAACAUUGUUUGUUUGUAAUAAACUAGCAUUAAAAAUGCA